CCGGGAAAACAAAACAAAACGUCAUAGCACAAGCCAGUCCACUGUGCGCACUCCAACAGCGAACAGAAAUUGAAUCACCCGCCAUCUAUGGAGCUGGAUUGAACAGGAUUGAACUUGGACGCGCCAUUGACAUUAUAUACACAGCUGUAUAAGGACUACAUUCCGCGAGCUUAUGGAUUUGGCAACCGCCGUUGGCCUCUAAUUACUCCCGCAUUCACCAACCAUGUCGCUCGCUGACUCCCCCAAUGGCGAUGUCAGCAUGGCCUCAGAAACAUCAAAGGUCCCAGCGAAUUCUCUCACGGACACGAUGCCUUGCAUACUGCGCAAGGCAAAGGAUCAUUCUUCAUCCACCUACUCGCUACAUUUCCUAGCCGAAGGCGCCGCCAAUGUUGUCUUCAGCAUCCGCCAAUCCAGCGGCUCAGAUACCCCCUUCGAAUUCAAAACCACCAAAUCCUCAUCGAACAGCGACAAGAAGCUUCCCCUUGGACACGUCCUCCGCGUGAGCAAAGGCCUCGCAAAGACGCCAUCAUGCCCGGAGAUCAAGAAAGACUACGACGAAAAGGUCACCGAACUGCUCCAAUACGCGCACCUUGAGGACUGCGGCAUGCCACUCCAGCUGACAAAACUCGACUCCGAGGUCGUGGCGCAUCUCAACCAGGAGAUCAAAUCGCACUCGCGACGCAAGGUCCAGAUCCUCGAUCGCAAAGAGACGAGGUACGGGCUGCUGAUGCAGGACAUGUCGCCUGUAGCCGGGGAAUCCAUCACCAUCGAAAUCAAGCCGAAAUGGCUCGCGCAGUCGCCGAAUGCGCCCGAGGGACUGGCUUCGUACAGAUGUAGGACGUGUGCGCUGCAGGCGCACAAAAGCAAAGAAGCCAGAGCGAAGCGAGGACAGAACGACCCGCACGGAAAGAAAAGGAAGAGGAAGUCGAAAGAAUCAUCUACGGAGGCUACUCAUGACAGAAACCUCGCAGCCAUUGACGCAACAUACGUGUGCCCUCUACUCUUAGCCCAAGGCGACGCGCAUUUCGUGCGACCUUUCGUCCAUCGAAAAGUUCGCGAAGCAGCAGACUCGCUAUCGAAACCUCUGGACCCGGCUGCGGAGUCCCGUCUUGUCGAAGCAUUGACCGAAUACCUUUGCACCGGCCGUGGCCACACCGUCCUGCAAGCCCUGCGACAAUACCAAGCCGACUACGACGCGACGGGCAUCCUCGCGCGACCCGAAUGGCUCGACCUCGCCAAAGACGCGAAGAAACGCCUCGAGGAGCUCGAAAAGCAACGCUCCUCCGCCUCAACCUCCUCCCGCGCUAAGAACGAAGCCUCCGAGAAGGAGUACGAGGAAACGAAAAGAGAAGCCGGAUGCGUCGAACGCUUCGACAACAACCUCCGGCUCGCCAUGACCCUGCGCGACUGCUCCAUCUUCAUCCGGGCGAACUACGCGGGCGCUGGCGAGGUCAAGUGCGAGGGCAAGAUCGGAGACCUGGAUUUCAAGUCUGUGCAGAAAAUUCCGGAUUGGAGUGACAAGGAGGAGGAGUUGAGGAAUGGGUUGUACUAUAGGGGUGCUCACAGUGCGGGCGGGGGAGAUAGGGAUUAUAAGGAGGACUGUGCCAUUGCGAUUGAGUGGAGGAAGAAUAGGCCGCGUUGGUGGUGAAAUCGACCUCAUCCCCACGACGGAAGACGCUGGACGUGGAGGGUCCGGUCUUUCGCCUGACCACUUACUGUAUUGACUUGGAAUUGCUUAGGCAGACUUCGCUGCAAGUCACUGCUCAGACCGAAUUCAGAUUUCUGGGAGUAGGCGAAAAAUGGCGUUCGGGAGCCGUGGAUCAUUCUGGAUGGAGGGAGAUACCUGCUCAUGGGGUGAUGGGACUUCGAGGGGAGCUUAUACCCAUUUCUUCUUCUUGCUUUCACUGCCCUUAUUAAUUCGGACCCAUUCUUUUGCACACGUUCACGACGCGUGCAAAUGUUGAGUGUGGUAUAGUUAUCGUGUAAUAGCUUCUUAGACUUCAUAAGGCUUAAUUAAUGCUCAGCUUGACACAUUUUCUGCUCGGUGGAGAUUAUCAUAACCUAAAAUUAAA